AUGGCAAGAUACAAGCUAGAUAUACAAAAACGACAACAUCGAGAACGAGCCCAACCUCUUCAAAGGGAAAGGCUCGGUUUACUUGAAAAACAUAAAGAUUAUGUAAAACGAGCAAGAGAUUAUCAUUCAAAACAAGAUCGAAUCAAAAAAUUAAGAGAAAAAGCUGCAUUAAAGAAUCCAGAUGAAUUUUAUUUUGAAAUGAUUAAAUCUAGUACUGAAAAAGGUGUUCAUGUUAGAAGUCGUGGAAAUAAAGCUUUGGAUAACGAUUUGGUGGUUCUUUUGAAAACUCAAGAUUUUAAUUAUGUUAAAACUUGUAGGGCUAUUGAAGAAAAAAAAGUUAAUAAAAUUAGAGAACAAUUAGGUUCAAUGGUAAAUGCAAUCUCACCAGAUGAUAGCGAACAUGAUGAAAUCCGAAAUGAAAUUUUGAAAUUCAUUCAACAAGACACAACAGCCAUUUCUGCUGCAAACAAAGAAGAUGAUGGAAGUGCUGAAGAAGAUAAUUCAACGCUAUCUGCUUCUGGGAAAAAGACAAUCUUUGUGGAUUCAGUUGAAGAAGUUCGUAAUUUUGAACAAAUCCGAAAUAAGAAAAGAAAGUCUUCAAUAAGUAGUUCACAGCGCAAUUUACCAAUUGCUUCUACAUCUACAUCUCACUCCUCCACGAGGUCGGUGAAACACAAAUCAGGCUCUACAUCAACAAACGACACUGAAACCGAUCUUGCUGAACAGAAACUCGAAGCUGAUCGACACAUGAGAAAACUCUUGGGUAAUCUCAAAUCUCGACUUACUAGACUACGUACACUUCAAAAAGCAGAACGUGAACUCGAACUUAAACGAGCCUUGAUGGGUAACGGAUCGAAAUUUUUGAAGAACAGUGUGCAAAAGAAAAAAGCUUUACCCAGUGGUAGAGAUUUAAGCUGGUAUGAUAAACUUGAUCGAAAUGAUUUGAUUGAAGAACAAGAUGAAAAAGAAAGAUUAGCAAAACUCAAUGAAGGUAUCAAGACAGGUGCUACAGUUUGGAAAUGGAAAGCUGAGAGGAAAAGGUGA